AUGUCUAGCCAGACCAUCACCCCAGAGACCCUUCACACCGUCGACACCCUGUUCAAGGAGGAGUUCGAGUCGGAGCAGGACGAAUACAAGCCCGACACGAAGAGGGCUAAGCAGACCGGCGACAAGCGUAAGCGCGGCGGGGCCAAGGGCGUUCCUUGGACCCCUGAGGAACGCGUCAAGCUCUUCGAAGCUAUGCUCGCUGGCAAGAAAGGUGCAGACCUCGAAGCUGCGCUUCCCGGUCGCUCGGCACAUCAGUGUCAGACUACCUGGAGGCUGCAGAAGACAUCUUCACUCUCCUCUCCACUCAUCAUGUCCAACUCAUCGACGAAGGCGGGGGCCGUCAGUGCCAGCUCCGACAUUUCGGUCAAGGAGGAGUCCGCAUCAGGAUACGAGUCGGACCCAGCCCGUGUCGCCGGUAAGGGCGGGGCUUGGAGUGGCGACGAGCUGAAGGCGCUGUUCAACGGCGUGCUUGCAGGGAAGAAAGGUGACGAGCUCGCCUCUUGUGUCCCCGGCCGCACUGCAAACCAGUGCCGUACCACCUGGCAGUGA